ACAAUAUUUUAUACUCUUAUUAAGCUGGUCCAUACUAAGUCCAUCUUUUUUGUUGAGAUUGGGUUAGUUUUUUAGAUUGCUUUCUUCUUCUUCACUGUCUCUUAUUCUCUCAAAAGUCUCUUUUUUCUGCCCCAAUUUCUGGUAAGCAUAGUAACAUAAUUGGUGAGGGACUGAGGGCAAAGCAAAGCAACGCACCUCAAUCCUAUAAUAUAAUAAUGCAGCGUGGGGAAAGAGGAAAUGAUUUCUGAGAGCUGGCUGCCAUUUUGCAUAUCUAAUUGGUGGGAAAUGAGAGGUCCAGGUAAACUUGAGGUGUGGAAGAUGGGCUUUGUCAAUUACUUGGAUGCACUUAAGCUGCAGGAGAAGCUGGUAUCUGAUAGAAAAUUAUGUAGGAUACCCGAUACUCUUCUGUCCCUGCAACAUCCACCGACUUAUACCCUUGGAAAGCGGCGAACCGAUCACAAUUUGUUAUUACCUGUGUCUGAAUUGAAAAAUAUAGGAGCUGAGCUUCAUUAUACGCAAAGGGGAGGAGACAUUACAUUUCAUGGUCCCCAUCAAGCCAUCCUAUAUCCUAUUAUUUCACUUCGUGAAAUUGGGAUUGGCGCUAGGAAUUAUGUGGAGAAACUUGAGUCAACUAUGAUUGAAUUAUCAUCCUUGUAUGGCGUGAAAGCUUGUGCUGGCCAAAAGGGUGAGACAGGAGUUUGGGUUGGAGAAAGAAAGAUUGGUGCAAUUGGUGUCCGGAUAUCAUAUGGAAUAACCUCUCAUGGGCUGGCAUACAACAUUGAUCCUGAUUUGAAGUAUUUUAAACAUAUUGUGCCUUGUGGAAUUACUGAUAAAGAAGUUACAUCCUUGAGAAGGGAGACAGCCACUGUGCUUCCGGCUGAAGAAGUCAUUCAAGAGCAGUUAAUUUCUUGUUUUGCAAGACUUUUUGGUUAUAGCACUGUCACAUGGAAGGAGAAUCCUUCAAUGUUUUCUGAUCAUGAAAGCAUAGAUUGAGUUCCAACUAAAUUAUGUCAAAUGAUUUGACUAUGUGACCUUUGAUUUAAUCAUUCAUGGAGGAAAUAGAAUCAAAUUUGCUGAGUUUAUUAUGUGACUGAAAGGUGAAUUCAAUUUAGUGAUCCUCACUGAUGUUUGGACUCAGGAUGGGUAGAAGAUAUUUGCAAAGUUGAAUGAUGUUUAUGUUCUACGCUGUCCUCCCAUCCAGGUAUAAAGCGGGUGACAUUCUUUAGAUAUCUCGAAAACUUUUCGAUUUUCUUAAAAUGGAUGGAAAGGUCUGCUGAAAGAGUGAAUCUUCUUUUCCUUACCUUCGGAGCAUUACCCAUUUAUUAUCUUUUGGUCAAUCCCUGCCAAAGCGUUCGAUAUGGAUCAAUCCUCUUCUUUUCCGUGUACGAGUUCCUUUUCUGAAUGCUCUACAUGGCAGCUCAAAACCUUAUGCAUAGAUGGAAACUGAGGAUUGCUGGAACCAUGAUAGGCUUGUUAAGUAAAAAGUAACUAGCUUACGAUCCAGGUUGCUUGGCCCUGGAAAAAAUCUUAUUCCCCAAAUGAAAUAUGCUCAAGUAAUUUUGGUAAUAUUAUAAAUCCUUCAAAUA